AUGGCGUCCUUCUUCACGGCCGCCCUGAAGAGUUUUCAGGGGGGCAAGGAGGAGCCGCCCAAGGCCCCCAAGGAUGGCAAGGCGGCCACGCUGCCCAACGGCAUGGCCCGUGAGGAGUUUGAGGAGUACCAGCGGCAGCUGCUGGAGGAGAAGAUCGAGCGGGACAAGGCCUUUGCGCAGAGGAAGGCAGAACGGGCCACUGUACGGAUGCACCUGCGGGACAAGUACCACCUGGCCCAGGACGAGCGGGACGAUGCUCAGCUGCACGUGGCUGGCGGUGCGGUGGAGCUGCCGCAGGAGCUGGCUGCCAUGGUGCACAGCGAGGAGGAGGAGGAAGAGGAGGAUGGCGGUGCCGGGGCCUUUGCCUUCCUGACGAAGCUGCGGGAGGUGGACCUGCCGGCGCUGCGGGACCGCGCGCUGGGCAGCGUGGACGAGGUGAAGGAGAAGUGCACCCUGAUGUAG